GAAUGCUUCGUGUUCAAAUUGUAGCUCCAGCGUAUCCACCAUGUCAAUGCAUUCAAUAUUCAUGGUUUUAUCCGAGAUGUUGAUAAUGGUGGUGAUAUGUUGUGGGAAUCUGCUAACCAUUCUUGCAGUGUGGAGAACCAAGACACUUCAGACAAUUCCCAACCAGUAUAUUGUUUCUUUAGCCCGUGCCGACUUCUUAGCUGGUCUUAUACUGCCAUACCACGCAGCUAUGCAUUUACCCGGAAUUCGGAAAUUUUUUGACAAUGAUAAAUAUCUAUGUCGACAUGUGGCUUUCUUUGUAUCUUUGGGCCAGACAAUUCAGUGCAUAACUGUGAUUGCAAUUGAUAGAGUUCUUUAUAUCGGCUUUCCUAUGAAGUACCAACGUAUUGCCUCCAUGUUCCGAGCAAGGGUGAUUAUAAUUUGGACGUGGAUAUCGGCAGUAUUUCUUGGAACUCUACCAAUAUACGUCAAUAAUUGGCAUCUUAGACGUAGUUGUCAUUAUACCUCAGUCAUCCCUUAUUAUUACCAUACCUAUAUACAGACUACUAUAUUUGUGUUUUUUUCUAUCAUAAACGCCGUGUGUUACGGCUACAUUUUCUACAUCGCUAAAAAGCAACAAGAAGCAAUCAACCAACAGUUGGCCUCAGUAGAUGACACAAGGCAGGCAACGAACAUGAAAGCAGUGAAGAUGUUUUUGACGGUAUUUGGAAUAUUUUUCAUAUGCUUAUCCCCGGGAAUUGUGGCCCAGAAUCUCGGCCGUACUAUCGGUAUACCUAAUCGUGUUGUGGAUGUGACUAUUUUGUUGGCGGUGCUUAACUCUGGGAUGAAUUUCUUUAUCUACGCAGUCAAGAAUACGGACUUCCGUAGAGCGUUCGCGAAAAUGUUAUGCUGUCGCCAGAUAUCAGUUACUCCGGAUACAGACCACACACACGUUAAUUCGCGUCGUCGAACUACUACCAAGUAUGUGUAAUUAAAAUACAGAUGUGACGUCACCCUUUGAUGUUGGCGUACCAUUAUUUCAAUUAAUCGUACGGGCAACUUGCCAAUAGUACUUUAUUCAUACCAGUGAGAUAUUGGACUAGUGUGACGUAAAAGCUCGUGCGGAGUGUCAGUAUUUUAAGAUGUUUAAUGGUCUCGAGCUUACGACAUUGCGUAAUAUAUUGUAAAAACAUUCGGGCCUACGGCCCUCAUGUUGUUACAAUAUAUUACUUAAUGUCUCGCUCUCGACCAUUAAACAAUACUUAAAAUACAGAUGUGACGUCACCCUUUGAUGUUGGCGUACCAUUAUUUCAAAUAAUCGUACGGGAAACUUGCCAAUAGUACAGUAUUUUAAGAUGUUUAAUGGUCUCGAGCUUACGACAUUGCGUAAUAUAUUGGAAAAACAUUCGGGCCUACGGCCCUCAUGUUGUUACAAUAUAUUACUUAAUGUCUCGCUCUCGACCAUUAAACAAUACUUAUCGUACCAUAGCUCCGAAACGUACGACUCCCAAAUAACAAGCGUAUGAGGCCAUACAAAUGCGGUGGCGAUUUAGUUCUGCAUCUUGUGAUACUUGCAGUAUAGCAUGCUAAAAUUUUAAGGGUGAUUAUUGGGGUCAGAACUCUAAAGAAUCCGUCAGAGACGAUGAGAAGCGAAUUACUGAAACAAACGUGUACCGUAUGUUAGUCCCGAUAUGAUCCAGUGUAUGUUAAGGGGACGUUAAACCUCAUUUUCCUCUCGAUAAAUAUCUUAAGGGGAUGUUAAACCCCAUCCCCAUUUUUGUCUUUAUGGAUUAAUUAUUGCAAUAUGUGUGAUGUGGUCGAUAAAUAACUAAGUAGUUAAAUUAUCCGAGUCGAAUGUUCAAUGUGACAACCUUUUCUAAAUUUGUGACCAAUUACCGUUGUAAUAUAUACGUACAUUUAUAUCUGUUUGCGCGAAUGAAAACAAAAACAACAAAAUAUGUAUAAGUGAACUGAUUCAUAUCUAAGUUAAUACGAAUGUUAUUGUUUUCAUUUACAUAUAAUAUUAUUUUGUUCUCUCUCCAUGAAACGAUGUGUUAUUGUUCGUCGUUAGUGUAAUUCACCAGAUGUGAAAAUAAAUUAUGUUGUUUGUG